UAUCCAGAGAACUAUGCAUCCCGCAGUUCAGGUUUGGUUUGGAGAUGAUCUGCUAUUAAGUCAGAGAAGUCCAUUGACUCCUAGACAUGGUCCAGGUUUGUCUGAUGUUUCCCAGUACGAUCAAUGGCUGGCUGUACGCCAUGCAGCCACGCUGGUACCGAUGCAGGAAGAUCUGGCAAUAUGGCUGAGUGACUUGUUGGGGGAGGAAGUAAGAAGUGAGAAGUUUAUGGAGGAUCUUGACAAUGGUGUUCACCUCUGCCAGCUCAUCCAGGUUGUACAGAACACUAUGAGGAGAUGCUGCUCUCCUGAAGAACUGGUGGGGGUGCCCAUGAGGAGGGUUCCAUGCAGAAAAGAUGCUCCAUCCGGCUCAUUUUUUGCUCGGGACAACACUGCUAACUUUCUCCGCUGGUGCCGAGGCAUUGGAGUGGAUGAAGCUUAUCUAUUUGAAUCUGAAGGUUUAGUGCUACAUAAAGAUCCCCGGCAAGUAUGUCUGUGUCUCCUAGAUGUUGGACGAAUUGUAUCCAGAUAUGGAGUGGACCCACCAGUGUUGGUAAAACUAGAAAAGGAAAUUGAACUUGAAGAAUCCUUACUCAUGGAGUCUGGACCACUAGCCCCAACAACAAUCCAAAAAUCAUGCUGUCAUCAUGAGCUACAUGAAGCAGUGACUCACAUUGCUCAGGAUCCACCCUGCAAUUGCUCUCAUCGCUUCUCUAUUGAAUACUUAUCAGAGGGUCGCUAUCGGUUAGGGGAUAAGAUCCUCUUCAUACGGAUGCUACAUGGAAAGCAUGUCAUGGUCCGAGUUGGAGGAGGCUGGGACACUCUACAAGGGUUUUUGCUUAAGUAUGACCCUUGCAGGGUUCUGCAAUUUACUACAUUGGAGCAAAAAAUUCUUCAGUUCCAAAAGGGAGGGGCAAGUGAGAAUGUAUCAUUACAAUCAGGCAGAACACCACAGCCUCCUGUCAUGAACCCCAUAACUGCAAUCAGUGUCUCUCAAAAGUCGACCUCUACACCAUCUACACUUUCAUCCUCUUCUAAUACUAAUCUCCGAAGUGAGAAGUCUCCAACUCCGUCUUCUCAAAAGGCAACAAAGAAUACGCCAUCUGCUUCAGUACGCCCCAAAAUCCAAACCAUUCCAAGAAAAGGCUCCCCGUUACUUCCAGAGCCACAGAGGAAGGUGGCAAAGAAAUCUAAUUCUCCUCCACAUAUCACGUCUAUAACUACUAGUUCCAAAGGUACACAAAGAAUUUCUCCUCAAAGAAAACUUUUCGCUUCACCCAAGGGAACUGGCCCAGCUUCUAAUAAUGCUGGGAAGAGUCCUGUGUCAUCUCAUGUCACUAAAGCAUCUCCCAACACUAAACACGUGACUCAACGUGCCAGCCCUGUGCAGCAGUCUGCAAAAGGUUCUCCUAAAUCACCUGUGCCUCUUAAGACACUACCGAAGGAUGCUACUGGUUCCCAGUCAAAAACAGCACAAUUACAAUUAACUACAGAUGCUGUUAAAGGACCUUCUACAUCAGCAACUACUAGGACUGCAUUAUCUAAAAGGACUGAAGUGGCAAAACUGACCAGCCAGAGUACGACUAAUCAGAAAUCUGCUUCCUCCAGAGAACUCCAAGUAAUUAAAAAGACAAAUUUACAGAAAACCAAUCUGACAGACAGGAAGCCAUUUGUGGUGUCUUCUCGUGUGCCUGCCAAAAUGCCUCCUUUUUCCAACCCCUCUCAACCAGUGGCUAAGCCACUAAUUACGGCUGCUUCCCAGUCAAAACCCAUAAGUAGAAACGCUACCAAGCCAGCCCAGUCCCACAGAAAUGGCACAGCUAAGGCUGUAGCUGAUAAGACCACCAUUUCUGGCCGUACUCCCCUAUCUGUAGUUAAGCUUCCACAAUCUGAUACCAAAGCAGUGACUGCACCGCACACAAAACCGCUGACAAAAAGUCAACUAGCAAGCGGCCCAGUGAAAAAAGGCAAACCGCACGCAGUGUGUGAUUCAGCUGGUUCAAAAACAAAACUGACUCGCAAAGCUGCUGCUGAUCCUAUGAAAGAGAAGCUUCCUAAGAAAGAAGACCGUUAUAUCUCAUCAAAAACAAAGUAA